CUUUUAUCUCGGGGCGUCAUCAUUGUAACAUCGAAUUGUUCCCAUCAUGGAAGGCAAGAUGGACGACGCACCAGCACCAAAGCGCGCCAAGAUCGGCUCCGAAAACACUUCUAAGCCAAUUGACAACUCAACCGGAAACACAAUGUCUGGUUUUAAACGCGACAGACACGGAAACGAAAAGAGGUUCAACAAUGGGCCUCGACCGGCACCCAAGCCGAAGGUGGCCGUCGUAAGAAAUGCGUACACGCCCAUGUUCGAACAACUACGCGAUGAGCUCGACGCCCACCAUGAUCGUCGUGACCGUCUCGGGAAGGUGUCGAGGGACAUUACCGGACUCAGCAAGAAAAUAAUAUUUGCUCUUCAACGAGUCCGCACCAUCAACCCCGAUCUUCCUCCCCAGAUUCAAGCCGAGGUGGACUCCCGCCUCGCCGAAAUCUCCAAGCUCCUGGCCACCAUGGCCCCAGACGUCCAGGGCAUCAACCGUUACCGCUACUCUCGCUCCCUGAUGUGUCUCGAGGAGCUUGCCGAAGCACUCACUUUUGCCCAUUACCUCAAGACCCAAACUCUUCUCAAGCCUGAUGAGCUUUCGGCCUUUGUGGAGGAGCUCACUCGGAAGGGCGCUGUGUCGGAGGACAGAGAUAAGGACAAGGACGAACCGAUGCCAGACGCUGGCAACACUCCAGUACCUACCUCCGGCGAGCAGGAAACAACUGACAACGACAACAAGCUAGCAGAGAAAGAAGAACAGCGGCAAUCAAAGCUAGAGCCACUGACCAUGUCAACAACAGAAGACGACUACUUUUAUGGUGUUUUCGACCUCUCUGGCGAAAUGAUGCGCUUCGCGACCACCAGCACAGCUUUGACCGGGAAGAUGGCCGGUGCCGAAGACGAGCGAACCAUUGUCGAAGAUAUGCACGAGCUUGGUAGCUUCUUCGAGAUGCUGCCGAUGAAGGCCGGUGAUCGGAAACAGUGGGAGAAGAAGCUGGAUGUUAUGCGGCAGUCGGUGAGGAAGGUCGAGAGGCUCGGGUACGACCGGAUGAUUCGGGGCAGUGAGCGACCGCAGGGCUGGGUCCCGGAUCUCACGGCGGAUCAGCCGGGCGACGACGAGGAGUAAUGGAAGAGAAUAAUUACCGUGUUUUAUAAACAGAUGGCCCUACAUUGCGUGGCUUGAUAAUCGCUAUGUUCAAGUAGAUGGGAGGUUUUCGCAUGAAAUAAGGCGGCCCCAUCAAUGGGCUAGUGCCCAAAUGGCUUCACAAGACGUUCUGGGUUUAGCGAGACCAUACCUUGAGCAUGUGCUGCAAGAGCGGGGAUAUUUUGACAUACGUACAGGUUCAGUAAAGCAUAGAGAGCAUUUCGAAGCAAUGUCAGAUGUGAGAAUGAAGGUCUUUCUCGAAGUUUUAUCAUGAAAGCAGACAGGGAACAAAAUGCAAACGUCGACCAUUGAAUACUGAG